AUGGUCAGAGUUCCCCCUCCUCUAGUGAAGCUCAGAGUUCCCCCUCCUCUGGUGAAGCUCAGAGUUCCCCCUCCUCUGGUGAAGCUCAGAGUUCCCCCUCCUCUGGUGAAGCUCAGAGUUCCCCCUCCUCUGCCUGUCUCAGCCUGUCUACUCAGCCUGUCUACUCAGCCUGUCUCAGCCAGUCUCAGCCAGUCUCAGCCUGUCUCAGCCUGUCUCAGCCAGUCUCAGCCUGUCUCAGCCAGUUUCAGCCAGUCUCAGCCAGUCUCAGCCUGUCUCAGCCAAUCUCAGCCAGUCUCAGCCUGUCUCAGCCAAUCUCAGCCAGUCUCAGCCUGUCUCAGCCUGUCUCAGCCAGUCUCAGCCUGUCUCAGCCAGUCUCAGCCUGUCUCAGCCAGUCUCAGCCUGUCUCCUCAGCCUAUCUCAGCCAGUCUCAGCCUGUCUCCUCAGCCUGUCUCAGCCAAUCUCAGCCAGUCUCAGCCUGUCUCAGCCAGUCUCAGCCUGUCUCAGCCAGUCUCAGCCUGUCUCAGCCAGUCUCAGCCUGUCUCCUCAGCCCGUCUCAGCCUGUCUCAGCCUGUCUCAGCCAGUCUCAGCCAGUCUCAGCCUGUCUCAGCCAGUCUCAGCCUGUCUCAGCCUGUCUCAGCCUGUCUCAGCCUGUCUCAGCCAGUCUCAGCCUGUCUCCUCAGCCCAUCUCAGCCUGUCUCAGCCUGUCUCAGCCAGUCUCAGCCAGUCUCAGCCUGUCUCAGCCUGUCUCAGCCAGUCUCAGCCAGUCUCAGCCUGUCUCAGCCUGUCUCAGCCAGUCUCAGCCUGUCUCCUCAGCCUAUCUCAGCCAGUCUCAGCCUGUCUCCUCAGCCUGUCUCAGCCAAUCUCAGCCAGUCUCAGCCUGUCUCAGCCAGUCUCAGCCUGUCUCAGCCAGUCUCAGCCUGUCUCAGCCAGUCUCAGCCUGUCUCCUCAGCCCGUCUCAGCCUGUCUCAGCCUGUCUCAGCCAGUCUCAGCCAGUCUCAGCCUGUCUCAGCCAGUCUCAGCCUGUCUCAGCCUGUCUCAGCCUGUCUCAGCCAGUCUCAGCCUGUCUCCUCAGCCCGUCUCAGCCUGUCUCAGCCUGUCUCAGCCAGUCUCAGCCAGUCUCAGCCUGUCUCAGCCUGUCUCAGCCAGUCUCAGCCAGUCUCAGCCUGUCUCAGCCUGUCUCAGCCAGUCUCAGCCUGUCUCCUCAGCCCGUCUCAGCCCAUCUCAGCCUGUCUCAGCCAGUCUCAGCCUGUCUCAGCCAGUCUCAGCCAGUCUCAGCCUGUCUCAGCCAGUCUCAGCCAGUCUCAGCCUGUCUCAGCCUGUCUCAGCCUGUCUAAAUGA